CACCACAAUUCAAACAAGCUCAAUUCAACUCUAAGAUAUCCUCUGCUUGUCUCACUCAUCCUUCUCAAGAAAUUAGCAAUACAAAAAUCAUAAUUCAAAGUGUUGUCUUAUUCUUAGCUGAUCAAAUCUUCAAGAAAAUCAAUGAUUGGAUGAUAUUCAUACACACACAAAUAUGAUUCCAAAGGUGCAAGAGAGUAGCAGCAAGAUUCCAAAGGUGCAAGAGAGCAGCAGCAAGGCCGGGAGCGACUUCACCUCGACAUCAACAUGGUCGAGGCUGAAGGAUCCUCGGAUAGUCCGAGUGUCGAGAGCCACGGGAGGCAAGGACAGGCACAGCAAGGUGUGCACGGCCCGGGGCUUGAGGGACCGGCGCGUGAGGCUCUCGGUCCCUACCGCCAUCCAGCUCUACGAUCUCCAAGAGAGACUAGGCCUCAACCAGCCCAGCAAAGUCGUCGAUUGGCUCCUCAAUGUCGCCAAAAACGAGAUCGAUGGCUUGCCUCCGCUCCAGAUCCCUCAAGGCGUCUGCUUCGGUGAAAAACACAACGAGGCAAGUGAACAAGGCCAUGAAUUCAACCUCCAAAAUCCCUCAUUUGCAACUUUAAUGACUUCCAAUUUGAGCCUUUCCCAAACCCCAAUUAGCCUCGGCUUAUCUGCUCCUCAACACCAAGAUUUCGUGUAUCAAACGGGCCCCUAUUUCGUGCCUCAGAUCGACAUGAAACACCCGAGCUUCCAUAGCCUGGAGUUGUCGAGUUCUUCGCAUGUUAGGCCAUCUGAUUUCAACAUGAAUGUGGAUCUUCUGCCUUCUCAAAACAAGCGCUUAGUGUGAUUUUUGUGGCUGGAGUUAAUAAGGGAUGACAAAACCCUAGAAUGGUCCCGGUUGAAUUUCAAUUAAUUUUCUUUA